AGCCCCGCCCAGGCGCUAAUUUAACCCGCAGGGCGGAACCGUCGGUCGCAGCAGCUACUUACCGCUCUUUGCUGGAACGGCUUCGACUCACUCCGGGUCCCUGUGCCCGCGCGCGCCAUGGGGCCCGCGCGGCGGAGCGUCCCCGUAGCGCUGCGCCUCCUUGGCGGGCUGACCGUGCGGUUGCUGCUGCUGCUGCUGCUGUGCCCACCCGCCGCGCAGGGUGACUGCAGCUUGCCCCCAGAUGUACCUAAUGCCCACCCAAUUUUGAGUAAUGGUGUUAAGAAUUUUCCUGAAGGAAGCACAGUAACAUACAAAUGUAACAAAGGCUUUGUAAAAGUUCCUGGCAAGACAGACUCAGUGGUCUGUCUCAGUAACAAUCAAUGGUCAGAGAUGGCAGAAUUUUGUAACCGUAGCUGUGAUGUUCCACCCAUACUACGUUUUGCAUUGCUCAAGAAGUCUUUUAGCAUACAGAAUUAUUUCCCAGAAGGUUUCACUGUGGAAUACGAGUGUCGUCAGGGCUACAGAAGGGACCAUACUCUCUCAGGGAAACUAACUUGCCUUCAGAAUUUUACAUGGUCCAAAUCAGAAGAGUUUUGUAAAAAAAAAUCCUGUGCUACUCCUGGAAACAUAGAAUAUGGUCAUGUCAGUAUAACAACUGACAUAUUAUAUGGUGCAUCUAUUUUCUUCUCAUGUAACACGGGGUAUAGGUUAGUAGGUGCAGAUUCUAGUUUCUGUUACCUUUCGCCAAACGGGACUAUGGAGUGGUCUAAUCCAUUGCCAAAAUGUGAAGAAAUUUCUUGUCCAGAACCACAAGGAAUUAGGAAUGGAAGCAUUCAAAAUCCACAGAAAACCUACGUAAAUCAACAGUCUGUAACCUAUCAAUGUAAUGAAGGCUUUACCCUGACCGGAGAGCACUCUAUUUACUGUACUGUUAAAAAUGACCGAGGAGAAUGGAGCGGCCCGCCCCCUGAAUGCAAAGUUUCUUCUGCAGAAAAUUCCCAGAUUUCUAAGGACAUAUCAAGAGUUCAGAAACCCACAAUGGCAAAUGUUCCAGGUACAAAAGUCCCAUCAACUCCUCAUAAACCCACCAUAGUGAAUGUUCCAGGUACUGAAGCUGCAUCAACUCCUCAUAAACUCACCACCAUAAAUGUUCCAGGUACCAAAGUCCCAUCAGCUCCUCAGAAACCCACCACCAUAAAUGCUCCAGCUACAAAGGCCCCGUCAACUCCUCAGAAAUCCAACACAGUAAAUGUCUCAGCUGCAGAAGUCCUUUCAACUCCUCAGAAAUACAACACACCAAAUGUUUUAGCUACAAAAUCUCCCUCAACUCCUCAGAAACUUGACACAAUAAAUUCUUCAGCUACAGAAACCCUAUCAACUACUCAGAAACCCAACACAAUAAAUAUUUCAGCUACAAAGAUCCCAUCAAUUCCUCAGAAACCUGACACAAUUAAUUCUUCAGCUACAGAAAUCCUACCAACUACUCAAAAACCCAAGAGAGUCAAUGUUUCAGCUACAAAGGCCCCAUCAACUCCUCAGAAACCCGACACAGUAAGUUCUUCAGCUACAGAAGCCCUACCAACUCCUCAGAAACCCAACACAAUAAAUAUUUCAGCUACAAAGGUCCCAUCAAUUCCUCAGAAACCUGACACAAUUAAUUCUUCAGCUACAGAAAUCCUACCAACUCCUCAGAAACCCAACACAAUAAAUAUUUCAGCUACAAAGGUCCCAUCAAUUCCUCAGAAACCUGACACAAUUAAUUCUUCAGCUACAGAAGCCCUACCAACUCCCCAGAAACCCAACACAAUAAAUAUUUCAGCUACAAAGAUCCCAUCAAUUCCUCAGAAACCUGACACAAUUAAUUCUUCAGCUACAGAAAUCCUACCAACUACUCAAAAACCCAACAUAGGCAAUGUUGCAGCUACAAAGUCCCCAUCAACUCCUCAGAAACCCGACACAGUAAGUUCUUCAGCUACUAAAACUCUCCCAAUUCCUCAGAAACUUACCACUGUAAAUGUUCCAGGUACAGAAGUCCUGCCAACUCCUCAGAACCCCACCAAAGUAAACUCUUCAACUACAAAGUCCCAAUCAACUCCUCAGAAACUCACCACAGCAAAUGAUUCAGCCACAGCCAAAAAAUUCCCCAUAUCAAGUGCUCUAUCUACAGAGACCCCACCAGCAGCCCAGAACCCCAUCAUGGCAAAUGCAUCUGCUACACAGGCCAUACCAGCAACCCAUAGAUCCACCACAGCAAGAACUUCAAAGAAUGUUCCAGCAAUACAAAAGUUUACUACUGUACAUGCCCCAGUGACUAAGGGUUUCCAUGCAACAAAAAGAUUGACCUCUGCUCAUAUUACAGCAAAACAGAGUUCAGCUGUUGCUCCCAGGACAACCACGCACGUUCACGCAACAAGCCCACAAAAAGAAAGAGGAACUGCUUCUUCAGAUGCUAACAUCAUUGCAGUUGGACUUGUUGCUGGUACUGUAAUUGGUACCCUAAUUCUAGGCAAAAUUAUCUGGCACUAUGGAAAAUCGGGGAUACAAAUGUAUAACAUUGACAGUUUUGCUUAUGAUGCUAGUAACCAUUGGCUAGCUGCCUUAGCCGAAGAAGAGUUCAGAAGAAAGUACACACAAGUGUGCAGAAUAUUUCUAGUUUCUUAGAACCUUGUGGAGGAGUGGACACAAUAAAUGCAAUAGUGUUCUUCAUUUUUCAUGUUAUCACUGUCUGAGGUGCGUAGGAAAAUCAACGGAGCAAGAAGCGAAUCUGUCCUGGGACACUCCUAAGCCUCUUGAAAAUAGAACAACUUACAAGAUUGAGAGGGAUUACUUUGCUUAAAGUGUAGGAAAGUGUAGAGGUUUGUUCAUGCUUAGAACGUGAACGUGAAGGAAAUAAGUGAUUUUUUUCACUAGAUGUGUAAUGUUAUUUUUGUUUACAAAGAAAAUUAAAUACUAAAAACAGUGAUUGGAUAUUGAAAACAAAACACCUAAAAUCAGACUGGAUAUUAAAAACAAGAAACCUGAAGUCUCUUCUGAGCAAAUUUGCCAAAGAGAGACGAACCAUAUUGUAAAAUAACUCUUGACUAUAAGGCAUUGGCAUGUUUUCUUAUUCCAUUAUGAUGAGUCUGAAUGCGCUGACAAAAUUUUUUAAAGGAAAAAUAUGCUGAGGGGGGACACAGAAUGAGUAAAUAAUUCUUUUGGCUAUAAUUUUGUUUAAGGACAAUCCGUUUCUUUCUUUUGGAGAAAGACCCUGUGAAAGGGUGAAAGGUGUCUUCAUUGACUUAAUGUCUUUAAAAGUAUAUUACAGCAUUAAUAUAAGAGUCUAUAUUUCUAAAGGAAGGUGUUCAUAGCCAAAUCCUAAAUCUUAUUAUUUUGUAGUAUUAAGAUUAAUUUAUUUAUAUUAAUUUAUGUCAGUGAAUGCAUUGGUUUUCAUGUAUAGCAAGAAAAAUUCAAGAAGAUAUGUAAAGAAAAAUUUAUUUUCCCUAAAUGGAAAUAAAUAAUGGAUCACA